CAGAGCCGCUGCCCCAGCUCAGCCCCCCCCCCCUUCCCACCUCCCCACCUCCCCAAGCACGGCCUCCCGCAAGACCCGGACGGGCGGACUCCUUGGCUCCGCGGCUCCGGGCUUUACGCAGCGCCGGGUCGGGCAGCGCGGGCUCCGAGGACCCAGGCUGGCUGCAUGUCUAGAGAAAGGAUGUCUCUAUCUGCACCUAGCCCAUAGGAUGACAGUUGAUCGAGUUGUAAAUAAAUGAAAGAUCCCCCAUGUUAGACAAGACAGCUGAGCAUACAGACGAUUGUUUUGAGAGAUCAAUUAGCUGCAGAGAGUCGCCCUCUCCUGUCUUGGGCUGAGCAGAGGCCACAACGCUUCCCUUCCUGCCGCUUGCUGCUGCUGCUGCUGCUUCUUCGUUUAUCCCCCUUGUUGGGCUUUGUGUGAAGGCAGCCCUUCUCGGAAGAACUGAAAUGUCAUUUUAACCAGAAGACUCCGUCCUCUCUGUGCUUUGGAGAUGGGCAAUUCCUAUGCUGGACAGCUAAAGAGCACGCGGUUUGAAGAGGUCCUCCACAACUCCAUCGAGGCCUCCCUACGCUCCAAUACCCUCGUGCCCCGGCCCAUCUUCUCCCAGCUGUAUUUGGAGGCUGAACAGCAGCUGUCCUCCUUAGAAGGUGGUGGCCGCCUGGACAAUGAGGAAGAAGAAGAUGAGGGAGAAGGGGGGUUAGAGCCCAGCAGUCCUUCAAAUGCCUACCAGCUGCCCCCUCCUCCUGAAGGCUGCUGCACCACGGAUGGCUUCUGCCAGGCCGGGAAGGACCUGCGUCUUGUCUCCGUUUCCAAAGAGCCCAUCGAAGUCCCCGCUGGCUUCCUCCUCGUUGGGGCCAAGUCUCCCAGCCUGCCCGACCACCUCCUGGUGUGCGCGGUGGACAAGAGGUUCCUGCCUGACGACAAUGGCCACAAUGCCCUGCUUGGUUUCUCUGGGAACUGUGUUGGCUGUGGGAAGAAAGGCUUCUGCUACUUCACCGAAUUCUCCAACCACAUCAACCUGAAGCUGAGCACGCAGCCCAAGAAACAGAAACACCUCAAGUACUAUCUGGUCCGGAAUGCACAAGGGGCACUGACCAAAGGACCUUUGAUUUGCUGGAAAGGCUCGGAGUUCAGAAGUCGGCAGAACUCCACCAACACCUGCUCCAGUGCCCUGUUCCCUCCACUGGAGAGCUCAGGGUCUCUGACGGCCUUCCCCAGUGAGCCCGUUCCUGGGACCAACCCCAGCGUUCCAGCAGGAGCUCAACAGCCAGGACCGGCUUCUGAUCACCCCUCAGGGACCACAGCCACAGGUCCCACCGUCUUCAACGGCAAGGAGUCCCCCAAGCACCCACAGCUAGCCAAGAGCAGCCUGUCAGCCCUGCCUCGUCCCUCAGGCUUAGGUAUCUUGCCAAACUCUGGGCCUCCCAAAAAACGGCACAAAGGGUGGUCCCCAGAGUCUAAAUCAACCACGGAUGGUGGCUUCCCUCAGGGUGGUGGCAGCAAAGCUAAGCAUGAAGGUACUGGCAUACCCUGCGUGCCCCAGGCUGGCUUGGUGGGACCAACUUCAGUCACCUUCCCGGUGGUGGCCUCUGGUGAACCAGUGUCUGUUCCGGAUAACUUGCUGAAAAUAUGCAAGGCCAAGCCAGUGAUAUUUAAAGGCCACGGGAACUUCCCCUAUCUCUGUGGAAACCUGAACGAUGUGGUCAUCAGUCCCCUGCUAUACACCUGCUACCAGAACUCACAGUCACUUUCCAGGGCCUACGAGCAGCAUGGCGCCUCCACCAUGCAGCCCAUAUCUGAGGAGACGCAGCUGUUGCUGACCGUCUACUACCUCGUCCAGCUGGCUGCAGAUCAGGUGCCUCUGAUGGAGGACCUGGAGCAGAUCUUCCUGCGCUCCUGGCGAGAAUCACACCUGACGGAGAUCAGGCAGUACCAGCAGGCGCCUCCACAGCCCUUCCCCCCAGCCCCCAGCACGGCAGCCCCUGUGACCCCUGUGACCUCUGCGCAGCUGCCCUGGCUGGCAGGUCUGGCUGCCAGCUCUUGCAAUGACAGUGUGCAUGUCAUCGAGUGUACUUACUCCCUGGCCGAGGGCCUCUCCGAGAUGUUCCGGCUGCUCGUCGAGGGUAAACUCUCCAAGACCAACUACGUGGUCAUAAUCUGUGCCUGCCGGAACGCCACCAUCGACUCGUGCAUUGCUGUCACUGGGAAAUACCAAGCCCGGAUUCUCUCCGAAAGCCUCCUCAGCCCUGCAGAGUACCAGAGAGAAGUCCACUAUGAGCUGGUCACGGGCAAAGUGGACUCCCUGGGGGCCUUUUUUAGCAGCCUCUGUCCAGAGGGUGACAUUGACAUUUUGCUGGACAAAUUUCACCAGGAAAGUCAAGGCCAUGUCUCGUCCUCAUUCACUGCUUCCUCUACCAAGAAAACUGCCAUGCUGGAUGCCAGUGGGGUUCCCGUGUGCACAAGUUACCAUCUGGAGCCACGGGGUGUCCGGCCCUUUCAGCUGGCGGUGGCACAGAAGCUCCUCUCGCACGUAUGCUCAAUCGCAGAUUCCAGCACCCAAAAUCUGGACUUGGGGUCCUUUGAGAAGGUGGACUUUCUCAUUUGCAUUCCACCGUCAGAGGUGACCUACCAGCAGACCGUGUUCCAUGUCUGGCAUUCAGGGGUUCUGCUGGAGCUGGGCCUGGAAAAAGAGCCGGUGACCAGGAAGAGGGCGGAGCAGCACGUCCUGAAACUAGACACAGAGGCCCAGGCAAGAUUUAAGGCCUUUCUGCACAACUCCUUCCAGAACCCACACACGCUCUUUGUCCUCAUCCACGACCACGCCCACUGGGAUCUAGUGAGCAGUGCUGUUCACAACAUCCACUCUCAAAGUGACCCCUCUGUGGGGUUAGUGGACAGACUGGUCAACUGCAGAGAGGUGAAAGAGGCGCCCAACAUUGUGACCCUCCACGUGACCUCCUUCCCGUACGCACUGCAGACACAGCACACCCUCAUCAGCCCCUACAACGAGAUCCACUGGCCAGUCUCCUACAGUAAUGGAGUGGACCUGUACCAUGAAAAUAAGAAGUACUUUGGGCUCUCUGAGCUCAUUGACUCCACCCUGUCAGGACACAGUCUCCCCUUGCUCCGAUAUGACAGCUCCUUUGAGGCCAUGGUCACUGCAUUAGGAAAAAGAUUUCCCCGCCUGCACAGCGCGGUGAUCAGGACCUUUGUUCUUGUGCAGCACUAUGCGGCCGCCAUGAUGGCUGUGAGCGGCCUCCCGCAGAUGAAGAACCAUACGUCGGUGGAGACCCUGGAGAUCACCCAGAACCUCCUCAACUCCCCGAAGCAGUGCCCCUGCGGCCACGGGCUCAUGGUCCUGCUGCGAGUCCCCUGUUCACCCCUGGCAGCCGUGGCCUAUGAGCGACUGGCCCAUGUACGUGCUCGGCUGGCUCUGGAGGAACACUUCGAGAUCAUCCUGGGCCACCCUAGCUCCGGCAUCACCGUGGGCAAGCACUUCGUAAAGCAGCUCAAGAUGUGGCAGAAGAUCGAGGAUGCGGAGUGGCGGCCCCAGACUUACUUGGAAUUGGAGGGCCUGCCCUGCAUCCUGAUCUUCAGUGGGAUGGACCCUCACGGGGAGUCGCUGCCACGGUCCCUGAGGUACUGUGACCUGCGUCUAAUCAAUUCCUCGUGCCUGGUGAGGACAGCCCUGGAGCAGGAACUGGGCCUGGCUGCCUACUUUGUGAGCAACGAUACCCCCCUGGAGAAGGGGCCCAAGAACGAGGCCUUGGAGAGUGAUGGGGAGAGGUUAAGCAGUACUGAUGAAGACGAGGAGGUGGGGACGGAAGGGUGUUUUGAGGCAGGCUCCCCCUCAGAGAAGAGGAUCCCUGUGAAGAGGGAGCGCUCCCAUUCCCACGACUCCGCAUCCUCCUCCCUCUCUUCCAAAGCAUCUGGCUCAGUGCUCUAUGGCGAGUCCCUGGUACCGCUCUCAGGCCCUCCACAGGGAGAGCUGGCCAGGUCACCCCCACCCUGUGGCCCUGCAGAAGAGGGCAGGACCCCUGGGGAGAUACAGCAGCUCCGUGUGAGUCAGGGAUCUACCGUCACCAGCAGGAACAGCCCUGGGCUGGCCCCACAGCCUGAUUCCAGCCUCAGGACUGGCCGGAGGAGCCUGCAGGUGCCAGCUGCCCCGUCCCCCCAGCUGUCCUCCUCUUCCGCGGGCUCAUCGUCAGCCUGUGCGGUGCCCGCUGCCAAUGUCCUGGUCCUCCAGGCUUCCCAGUGCUCCAUGGCCAAGGCCCGCCGGCAGCCGCCCAUCGUCUUCCUGCCUAAGCUCGUGUAUGACGUGCUUGUGUCCACGGACAGCAGCGGCUUGCCCAAGUCCGCCUCCCUCCUGCCUUCCCCUUCCGUCAUGUGGACCAGCUCCUUCCGCCCCCUGCUCAGCAAGAUGAUGACAUCGACUGAGCAGUCCCUGUACUACCGGCAGUGGACGGUACCCAGGCCCAGCCACAUGGACUAUGGCAACCGAGCCGAAGGCCGGGUGGACAGCUUCCACCCCCGCAGGCUGCUGCUCAGUGGGCCGCCUCAGAUAGGUAAGACAGGUGCCUACCUGCAGUUCCUCAGCAUCCUGUCUAGGAUGCUGAUUCGGCUGACGGAAGUGGAUGUUUACGACGAAGAAGAAAUCAAUACCAGCCUCCAAGAGGAGUCAGAUUGGCAUUACCUGCAGCUCACCGACCCCUGGCCAGACCUGGAGCUCUUCCAGAAGAUGCCUUUUGAUUACGUCAUUCAUGACCCAAAGUAUGAAGAUGCCAGUCUGAUUUGCUCACAUCACCAAAGCAUCAAGAGUGAAGACAGAGGGACAUCCCGGAAGCCGGAGGACCUGUAUGUACGGCGUCAGACGGCGCGCAUGAGGCUGUCCAAGUAUGCGGCCUACAACACGUACCACCACUGUGAACAGUGCCACCAAUACAUGGGCUUCCAUCCCCACUACCAGCUCUAUGAGUCUGCCCUGCACGCCUUUGCCUUCUCUUACUCCAUGCUAGGAGAGGAGAUCCAACUCCAUUUCAUCAUCCCCAAGUCCAAGGAGCAUCACUUUGUGUUCAGCCAACCUGGAGGUCAGCUGGAGAGCAUGCGUUUGCCCCUCGUCACAGACAAGAGUCAUGAACAGAUCAAGAGCCCAACCUUCACUCCAACGACGGGCCGUCAUGAGCACGGACUCUUUAAUCUGUACCAUGCAAUGGAUGGAGCCAACCAUCUACACGUGCUGGUGGUCAAGGAGUAUGAAAUGGCCAUUUAUAAGAAGUACUGGCCCAAUCACAUCAUGCUUGUGCUCCCAAGCAUCUUCAACAGCGCUGGAGUCGGGGCCGCCCACUUCCUCAUCAAGGAGCUGUGCUACCACAACCUGGAGCUGGAGAGGAACCGGCAGGAGGAGCUGGGGGUCAAGCCCCAGGACAUUUGGCCCUUCAUCGUCAUUGCCGAUGACUCCUGUGUGAUGUGGAAUGCAGCAGACGUGGACUGUGCUGGAGAGAGGAGCAGGGAGUUUUCCUGGUCUGAGAGGAAUGUCUCUCUGAAGUACAUUAUGCAGCACAUUGAGGCCUCCCCCAACAUCACACACUACGCCCUCAUCGGCAUGCGGAAGUGGGCCAGCAAGACAAGGGGCCGCGAGGUGCAGGAGCCUUUUUCCCGGUGCCACGUGCACGACUUCAUCAUCCUCAAUGUGGAUUUGACCCAGAAUGUACAGUACAACCAGAACCGGUUCACAUGUGACGAUGUAGACUUCAACCUUCGUGUGCACAGCGCUGGCCUCCUGCUCUGCCGGUUCAAUCGAUUCAGCGUCAUGAAGAAGCAGAUUGCGGUGGGUGGGCACAGGUCCUUCCACAUCACAUCCAAGGUAUCUGACAGCUCCGUGGCCAUCAUGCCGUCCCAGUACAUCUGUGCCCCGGACAGUAAACACACGUUCCUGGCGGCUCCCGCCCAGCUCCUACUGGAGAAGUUCCUUCAGUACCACAGCCACCGCUUCUUCCCGCUCUCUCUGAAGAACCACAGCCACCCCGUGUUGUCUGUGGACUGCUACCUUAACCUAGGACCCCAGAUUUCUGUUUGUUACGUGAGCUCCAGGCCCCAUUCCUUAAACAUCAGCUGCUCUGACAUGACCUUCAGUGGGCUCCUGCUGUACCUCUGUGACUCUUUUGUGGGGGCCAACUUCUUGAAGAAGUUCCAUUUCCUGAAAGGAGCCACCCUGUGUGUGAUCUGCCAAGACCGGAACUCCCUUCGCCAGACCGUGGUCCGCCUGGAGUUGGAAGAUGCAUGGCAGUUCCGGCUACGGGAUGAGUUCCAGACAGCCAACGCCAAGGAAGACAGGCCGCUCUUUUUCCUCACUGGACGGCACAUCUGAGAGAGAGAGAGAGGCUCCUGAGAAUGUGGGGUCGUCAGGACCCAGCUGCCACUGAGGCUAGUGAAGGUCCCAGACCAAGGGGUGUAUGGACUCAGGCACACCCAGAGAUGGCCAUGCGUAGCCCCUUGUGACACAAGUCACAGUGUCCUGUGGCAGAUAGUGAUUUGAAGCCACAGCCACGAGUCCUUGAUGGGCAGGACUGAAGACCGAAGACCACUGUGUUCUGGGCCCAACCACAUGCCCUGGUAUCUUGAAGUCCAUUUGAUGCAGAAUGAAGUUUUGCUCACUCUGCUGUCAUUCAUAUGCUUCCAUGGACAAACUUGACCUGCUCUAGAGAAUCUUGGGUUAUCUUGUCACGGUGCCUGUGACGAUGAUUUCACAUAGUGGAUUUCCCAUGACUCCCUACAGAGCAAUAUUCCAAAGGAACGUUUUAACUGUAAAGGCUGGAGACAAGAACAAAAGAGUAGGUCGUUUUUCGUAAGAGUAAUUAUUUAAUCACCUACAAGUUUUCUUUGCCAAAGCUAGCCCAAAGGCAUCCAAUUCAAUAUGAUAAAAUGAAUUGCUUUACUUUAGAAAAAUAUGCCCCUAUUAAAACAGUACAGGGUAAAUACCCUACCUCUUAGAAAGGGCAGAAUGGAAAAGCAGCUUUCUUAGAAACCAAAGGGCUUUAGGGAGGAAAUGUGGAUUGUAGCAGUGGACAGAAGAUUUGCCUUCCAAAGGAAAGAGGACCGAAUUGCUUACGUGAUAAAAAAAAAAUGAAAACCAAAGUGAUAUGCAAGACAGUGAGGAGGGCUGGAGCGGUGGCUCAGCAGUGUCAGUGAGCUUGCCGUUCAGUCCUGAGGACUGGAGUUUGGAUCCCAAUAGAUAACAAGCCACGUGGUCUGCAAAGGCCUGUGAUUUCAGCUCUGAAGGAUCCAGUGUUCUGUUCUCUGUAUGCUCAGGCCUAUGCACACACACACACACA